AUGUCAAGACUAGAAAUAUAUUCACCAGAAGGGUUACGUCUAGACGGACGUCGAUGGAAUGAACUACGUCGAUUCGAGAGUUCCAUCAACACUCACUCGCACGCUGCAGACGGCUCGUCCUAUUUGGAACAAGGUAAUAACAAAAUUAUCACACUUGUAAAAGGUCCAAAGGAGCCAAGGUUGAAAUCUCAAAUGGAUACCUCGAAGGCUUUAUUGAAUGUGUCCGUAAACAUCACGAAAUUUUCCAAAUUCGAAAGAAGUAAAUCCAGCCAUAAGAACGAGAGGCGUGUCCUUGAGAUACAAACGUCUCUAGUAAGAAUGUUCGAGAAAAAUGUCAUGCUGAACAUUUACCCUAGAACAGUUAUCGAUAUUGAGAUCCAUGUCCUUGAGCAAGAUGGUGGUAUCAUGGGCUCACUAAUCAAUGGUAUCACUCUCGCUUUGAUAGACGCAGGUAUAUCGAUGUUCGAUUACAUAAGUGGUAUCUCCGUCGGACUGUAUGAUACCACCCCGUUAUUAGAUACUAAUUCGUUAGAAGAAAACGCCAUGAGUACAGUGACAUUAGGUGUUGUGGGGAAAUCAGAAAAACUGUCUCUUUUAUUGAUAGAAGACAAAAUCCCGUUGGAUAGAUUAGAGAACGUCCUAGCCAUCGGCAUCGCGGGCGCUCACAGGGUAAGAGAUUUGAUGGACGAAGAACUAAGGAAACAUGCUCAGAAGAGAGUCACCAAUGCCUCCGCUAGGUAG